GAUGCAGACGGAAACCAUUAUAAAAGUAGUAGUAUUUAUUGCAUAUAUAUACAAAUACAAAAGCUCCAAGAUGCAAACAAGAUUGGCAAUUUCUUCAGCUACAAAACUUCAUCGACUCUUAUUGGCACAAUCUCAGAAGAGUGUUGAAUACCUUCCAAACAGAUUUUGCUCUUCUACUGUUGGUCGAACAGCUGAUCCCGCCGUCCAUUCUGGACCUCUUGAAGGAGAUGACUUAGAAGAAUCAGUAAAAGCAGCAGAAAACGAAGGGAAACAACCAAAUAUAAAGCCCGGUAAAGAUAACGAGGCAUUUGUGCCACCAAAAUCACCAACAGGGUCAUCCCAGAAGAUAGAGAGUACAGGGGUAAACAAACCUAUAGACCCUUUGACACAACAAAAGCGACAUAAAUCUAAUGUUAGCCGCUCUAAUGGAGCGCUAUCAUUAGAAGAUGUUAGCUGCGUGGGAUUAGACGGUACACCGUGGCCUGACGAAGCGAAAGACAGAGGAGCGCAAUUAGAAGAUGACAGAGAAUACUUCAAGCAUCAUAAGCCCUCGCCUUUGGCAGAGAUGGAGAUGGCUGAUACGAGGAAGCCUAUUACACAGGCCACUGAUGCACCAGCGGGUGCUGGUGUCGCUUUUUAUCCGGCGCCUGACGGCGGGGUAAUGGUUUGGAGGCCGGAGCAAUUGGAGACUGCUGAAGAGUCUCUGAUGAGAGCGAUGGAGAUAUGGAAACAGAACGCUAUGAGAGGUGACCCUGAUUCACCACAUGGUAGGAUUCUAAGACAACUUCGUGGUGAGAACUGGUGAUCUGAUGACUAGUUCACCUAGUAAAGCAGCUAAUUAGUAGCCAAUACCAGGUCUUUAGUUAGUCCCAGGUUUUUGGCUGUCAUGCCUGUGUGUAAGUGUAAAUGGAAAAGGAAAUGGAAACUUAAUUAGUUUGGAUUUGAAGAAAUGGUUUCUGUUCAUUUAGAUCAGAGGGUUGCAGAUUGGGAUUUAUCAGCUUUAAGAAAAAAAAUCUGUUUUGGACAGUACGCGAAUAGAAGAUACAAAUGCUAUCA